AUGUCGCAGCAGAAGGGUAAGAAAAUCCCUGACAGGGCUGAAAAAUCGGGCUUCUUCACGGCGAGAUCCGCGUCUUCCAGAGCCCAGGGCCAGCAUGAGGCAGACCAAGAUGGCGGCGGAGACGAUACCCUCCCCCUCCAUAACUCACCAGACCCUGGGAAUCUCCCUGUGACACAGGAGUUCCUGAGAGCAUGCCUGGACGAAAUGUCCGACAAAUUGCUCAACAAAAUUCAAGCAUCGGUCACUGCAUUGGGCAAGGACAUCCAGGAGCUGGGCGAAAGAACGGCCCACGUGGAAAACCGCAUGGGCGAAUAUGAAGAGGCCCAUAACGACCUGACAGACCACGUUAAAGCCCUGGAACAGAAACUCACCUCAGCCCAGCUCAAACUCUCAGAUCUGGAGGACAGGUCACGGAGACAGAACCGGAGAAUCCGGGGCAUACCGGAAUCGAUAACGCAAGCUGACAUACCUGAAUUCCUGACAGGUUUUUUCAAAUGUCUCAUACCAGAAAUACCGACUGAGAUGAUCCUGCUGGACCGGGCCCACCGAGUAGCCAAACCGAAGUUUCUACCAGCCGAGGCGGCGAGAGAUACGCUGACCCAUCUAAAUUAUUAUCAUGUCAAAGAGGCCAUACUCAAAGCUGCCAGGAACCGCACAAACCUUCCAGCUAAAUAUGGCCAUCUACAAAUAUAUGCUGACCUAUCGGCAGCCACCCUACAACGCCGAAGGGAGUUCAAGGAGACUACGGAAACGCUGCGGGACAACAAGAUGGGGUCACCCGGUGCGCCUGAUUAUCCAGCGCAAUGGCACCUUUACACAUGUAACGACGCCGGAGGAAGGCCUGAGGGCCCUGAAACAAUGGGACCUACCAGUUCGCAAACAACACGGACGCACAACCUCACCACAGCGAUUGAGACAGGACUGGAAGAAGGCGAAAAAGUAACCCGAACUCCAUCAGCCCAUAUCCAGUUUUAA